CAUCAGAUUAUGUGCACAGGCACUGGUCAGAAAUGAAAACAAACGGGGAUGGAACAAAGAGUGUUUAGCACUAAACCGGAGGAUUUUAAACAAUUUUUGAUUGAAUUUUGUGACGAAUUUAAAGAAAAAUGUGAGACUGAUGAUUUGGUACCAGUGCGGUGGACAAAUCCACGGAUUACACCGCUGGAAUUAGAGGGAGAAUGCCUGGAGUGGUGCCGUGACUUCCUAUCAACAAGAGGAUGUCCGGUUGGAUUCUCAGCUUUGAUCUCUCACGAGGUCUAUGAAAGGCUUAUCAGUAGCAGCUUGGAGAAUUUCUAUGUCGAAGAUGAGAAAAACGAGACGGAGAGAAUAGAAGCUAACCCACCAGAAAACGGCGAGGGUAUUGACAACAAAGAUGUUGAUAAAGACGGGAUUGAAUAUUGUGCAGAGAAACUACAUGAUCAUGUGAUCAGUAUAUUGGAGACUGUGUGCCGCAAAUGGCUGUCAGAUUUCCCAGAAUUCCGUAUAGAUGGCCAGUUUCCUGUUAUCUCGUUCUAUUGUAUCAAAAAUACUCGACGAAAAAUGGAGGACAAACAUGUGAUCACCCCUGAUCUCAAUGCAUUGUUUGGCUUGAAGGGUCAUCCACCUCAGAGUUACUAUGGAGUGUUUGACGGCCAUGCUGGUAUAGAAGCUGCUUUGUUUGCUUCCAAACACAUACAUUGUAAUCUCGUACACAACUGUGACCUCGGUAAAGACCCAGCUGGAGCAUGUAAAGCUAGUUUUAAAGUAACAGAUGAACAGUACAUUCCAAAAGCGAAGAAGGAGAAAUGGCGUAGUGGCUGUACUGGUGUAUCAGCCCUUGUAAGAGGCAGCAAAUUAUACCUCAGUUGGCUUGGAGACUCACAGGCUUCCUUGGUUAAAGAUGGCAAGGUGGUUACCAAGAUGCUUCCUCAUAAACCAGAUAGACAGGAUGAGAGGGACAGGAUAGAAGGUCUUGGUGGUCUUGUUGUGCUGAUGGGGGAUUUGUGGAGAGUUGGUGGAAAUCUUGCAGUCUCGCGAGCUAUAGGCGACGUUGGUUAUAAACCAUUCAUCUCUAGUGACGCGGAGGUCCUUGAAAUAGAGAUGGAUGGGACAGAAGACUAUAUGGUCUUGGCAUGUGACGGGCUAUGGGACGUUGUUACGGAGGAAGAACUUCCACAGUUGGUUUAUAACUAUCUUAUAGAGAGUGAUAAUGACAGACAAGGUGUAGCGAAAUAUUUAGUCCAGUAUGCCAAAGAUAACGAAUCUUCGGACAAUAUAUCAGUGAUAGUAGUUUUCUUCAGGGAUACCAUUUCUGAGCCAGUAGCAGACGCUGGUUUAUUUAAUUUUUUGGCCGGUGAUUCUCAGGGGUCUAACGGAUCAGGUGAUAAUAACGGUGGUAAUUCAGGUGACAAAAACUCGAAAAAUGCCGAUGCCAGUAAUGAAAUGAGAGGCAACUCAAACGAUCAUCAAACAGGGAAUUUAUUGGGUGAUAACAUGAGUGGACAGCAAAGGCUGUUUGUUUUCUCACCAGAUGUUGAAGAUGAAUUUAGUGGACAAUUUCAAAGCUCAGGAAUCGAUGGGACAUUUACAGAAAGAGGGUACAGUGAUAGAUUGGACAACGAAGCAUAUCAGAAAGAUUUUAGCGGCCUUAGACCAGGAAACCUCACCAAAUCAGAGAUUACGUUAGAUAUUAGUACAGAAAGUGUACAGAACCGAAACAAGGAUAUUAAUGCUCAAAGAAAAGAAUUUAAUGAAGAUGAAAUAAGACGAUCGAUCGAAAAAGAAAUUUCUUAUCAAAUGAAAUUGCCAAAAGAAGAUGAAGAUUUGGAUUCUUAUGGUGUGUUCAAUACAAGACUCAUUGACGGACCAAUUGAUCUAUCAAUCUUAGAUGAUCAAAAUUCCUCGUAUUUGCUCAAAGACAUAGCAGAUUCUGUGUACAAUCACGACACCGAUGGAAAGAAUGAGAAUUUUUAUGCUAGUAAAAGUAACGAAAACUUAUUUAGAUUACCUGGGUUAAAUCAUCUUGAGCAUGAGUUAUCUGCCCCUAAAAAACAUAAGAAGCUUAAAAAGGUAAAGACUGAAGGUCAAAGGUCAAGGAGAGAUUCGAGAAAGAAAGGUCAAUCUAGUUCGCCAGUCUACUGGGCUUUUACGGGAAAGAAUCAGGCCAGUGUGCAGAAUCACCGGCUCAAUAUGGCAGCAAAAGUGCACAAGGGAAGCAACCCUACCCCAGGGGAGUUAACUCUUGCAAAUAAAGCACCAGCAAGACUCUCCGAUAGGUCUUUAUCCAAAUUUGCUCAAGUCUACUCUUCAACGGAAAAUGUGCAUGAAAUUGCAAACAUGACAGUGCCACAUGGCAAGUUAGAAAGUUUACCACUACCUAGGCCAAAGCUGUCGUCAAGCAGUUUGUCAAGUUUGACGGGUUUUACCAUAUUUGGUAGCAAGGCCGGCCUACAGGCGGAGUCACAAAAAUUCCAAACAACCUUGAAAACAAGGAAGCCUUUGAAACCGAUUUCAACUGUUGUAUAUGAAACACCUCCUACACCUUUUGUCAGUAACAGAUUACACGGGGCAAGACAACACUAGUUUGUUUAUAACAGACACACUGGGUCACACACCACUAAAUCAUUAUUACUGUAGUGUAAAGAUUAGGUCAGACUGCAUGGUUGUUACACUCUACACUCGGUUAAACGACACUAGUUUGUUUUAACUAGACGCAUGACCAGACUGUUUAACUUUAUUUAAUGUAAGAAACUAGGCCAAGUAACCUUUGGUUUUUUUACACUUUUUUAUACUGAACACUCUAGGGCAAACAACACUAAUUUGUGUACCACCUUAACACUGUGCCAAAAAGUACUUUAUUUUUCAUACUGGGCCAGGACCCGUUAGUUUGCACUUAACUAAAAUCUGGGCCAGAACUAAAAUCUGGGCCGGACAUAGUUUGUAAAAGGAUUCAUAGUUAUACUGUAUUGUUUAACAUUUUGAAUUUGAGACUUUAUCAUUUUUAACUCUUUUUACUUAAUGAUAGAUUAAGAAUGAUGAACGAAAGUUAAAAAUACUAACAAAUUAAGUACAUGUAUUCUCUUAAUAUGGCUCAGUUUCCAAAUCUGAUAUAAAUUCCUUGUAUAAUUUUGUUACUUUGUAAAUUCAUGUAGAUAGUCAUAUUUCAAUUAAUCAAUGUGCUAAUUUUAAAAUAUAUGUUUUUAAUAUAAAAAAACUAUCACUUAGUUUAAUUCAAGAAUGUCAAUAGGUCAACAAUGUUUCAGGACAGUAAAAGGUGACACCUUUAUGGUUUAUUGUUUAAUGGAAUGGACAUUCAAUUAAAGGCCCAUUAUGCCUUAGAAACGUUUUUCCUUUAUUUCUAAAAAAGAUUUUUCCUUUACAUAUAUUUGGUGUACUUUUAUAGUUCCGAAACAGUUAAUCAUUGGGUAAUUAACUGAACGAUCUUUUCAUCUGUUGUUUUUUGGUAAUUAGUGCAUUUAUUUAUAAUUUUGUAUGAAAGUCAAACUACUACUUUGUUUUCAUUGUGCUACUGUUAUGACAAAUUAUUUCAUGUUUAAAGCUAAUUUCUUCAGGUAUAAAACACAUGUUUUCUUCUUUAUAAAGUAGGAAAAAAUUUAUUGGUUUCUAAGGCAUAAUGUGCCUUUAAUCAGAAUUGUUACAGAUAAAUAGCUUGUUUAUUGAUAUAACUAUCUAUAAUUAUAGCAGAUAUAAAAGCUGGUUUAUGUGUUAUCAAAUACAUGUAAACAGGAAGAAAAAUUUUUUUUCAUGUCAGUGAUAAUUAUAAACAUGUAUUUUGUUCAUGUUCUAAAUACAAAUGUAUAGCAUAAUGUGCCAUGUAUGUACAUGUACCAAUGUAAAAAUGCGACAAUCUAUAACGAGCUAUCAGCUAGUCUAAUAUUAAGCAUACUCACGUGAUAUUUCAAUCUAAUCUACAUGUAUUUGCCUAAUAAUGCAUUUAUUAAUAUGAUUCUCAUGUUUUAAAUUAAUCAAGCCAAAGAUUACUAAUGUAAGCAAAGAUGAUUUCUUAUUAUGAGAAUGGAACCCAACUAUAUUGGCUCCAUGAAGAGUAUUAUAACAUAUAUUAUAUUUUUUUUGUUCCAGAAUUAUAUCUGGUUAUUUUAAUUCAAAAUUUGUUCUCUUUUAUUUGCACUUUUUUCCAAUCACAAGCCUUUUCGUACUAAAAUUUUUUAUACAAUAAUGCUUGGGAAUGAAUAGUAUGGCGAUUCUAAAUAAGAUCAGCAUUUUUCUGAUAGUUUGAUA